AUGCCUCCAAGAAGAAAGAAUAGUCAAGUUUCGUCUCAAGAUAGUCCACUUCCUAUCAGCACGACAACACCACAAACAAUUCAAGAAUCUCCAGCCAAGAGAGUGGGAUACAAUCAAGAAAAACAUACACCUCUACUCGCUUUCUAUCUUUCCACAAUUUUUAACAAAUCGGACGAAACUAAAAGCAAGGGAAUUUCUAAAAAGAAAAUGACUGAAUUUUUUGAUUCCGAUACUAACAUGAUGGAAUUUAUUAAAUAUUGUAAAUUAGAGUCAGAACUCAAAUGUGAAACCAUCAAGAAUAAGCAAACUGCCAUCAUGGACAAAUUAAAAAUGGAAAAGAAGGGAAAAAAAGAUAAAAAAGAAAAGAAAAAUGAAAGUUCAGCAGAUAAAGGCAGUGAUUUGAAUGAUUUGAUAAGGAAGGCAUAUUUUACAGAGAUGGCAAAUAAAUUUGGAGAAUUAAAGAAGAGAACUAGUUCAGAAAUGGAAAAUGAAUUAAACAAUCAAGAAGAUGACGAUGGAGACGAAACUGAUACUGAUGAUACAGCAAGAAACACAACACCAAAAAGGAAAAAAACAUAA